ACACGUACAAUAGCACAGUCCAGUCUCCGUUGAAAGGAGCAGCAAGAAGCUCACAAAAUCGUUUAGAAAGCGCCGUUUUCGCGUUUCCCCAAACGUUUUCGUUUGUCCAAGAAAUUGAAAAACGUUGUCAGGCCGGUUUUGGAAAAUAAGUUGAACGUACUCUGGUUCGAGGCUGCCCUAGUCUAUAUGUCUCUCUGACCGUCCCCUUGUCGUCGUUCCCCCUUGCCGCCCGGUUGUUCGGUGCUCGGUGCCGCCGUCGAUUCACAACUCCGAUUGCUCGGUGCUGCAGUCGAUUCACAAACACAAACUGGGCUGAGCCGCCGUCGAUUCAGAAACACGAAUCGACGUUUCAGUGCUCGGUGCUGCGGUCGAUUCACUUCGCCUGGAUCGAAUAUUAACAAAUAUUCCAGCAAUGGAGGUUGAUAUGGAGGCUUCUCCCAGCUAUUUCGACCCCAAAGAUCUCAGCAGCAGAGAGCGUUAUCGUCGAUAUGGGAAAAGGAACUCUGCUUCCAGCUUCUCCCCCUAUCUGGACAAUUCAGCUUCAAAGUUCAGUGGGUCUGGGCUUUUAUAUGAUGGACAGAGUAUAGAGAGACGGCCCAAUGCUGCACUUUUUUUGGAAGAUAUAAAACAAGAGGUUGAGAGUCUUGAUGCUGAUCACUUGGAAGGAACACAUGCCAAGGCACAAUUUGCUUCAAGGCAAAGAUCAUCCAUUGAUAGUCGUGGUGUGCCUGAGAUGGGUGUUGGUGCUGAUUUGAUCCUCCGAACUUCAAUUAAACCUGUGAAACAAGAGGAUGAUGCUUUAUCUGACAGUGGAGAUACAAAUUUUACUUUGUUUGCAUCACUACUGGACUCUGCCCUUCAAGGAUUGAUGUCUAUCCCUGAUCUCAUAUUACAGUUUGAGAAGUCUUGCCGGAAUGUCUCGGAGUCAAUUAGGUAUGGAUCCAAUGAAAGACACAGAAUUCUGGAGGACAAGUUAAUGAGGCAGAAGGCUCAGCUCUUACUUGAUGAAGCUGCUUCUUGGUCUCUUCUGUGGUACCUAUAUGGCAAAGGAAAUGAAGAGCUUCCAGAAGAUCUGCUGCUGUUCCCAACUACUUCACAUUUGGAGGCCUGUCAAUUUGUAAUUGCAGAUCAUACGGCACAAUUAUGCCUCCGUAUUGUCCAGUGGCUUGAAGGAUUAGCCUCUAAAGCUCUUGAUUUGGACAAGAAGGUGAGAGGUUCUCAUGUUGGCACUUACCUCCCAAGCUCGGGUGUCUGGCGCCAUACUCAACGCUCUCUGAGAAAAGGAGUCUCAAAAUCAAGGACCAUUCAUCACUUGGAUUUUGAUGCUCCAACUCGUGAACAUGCUGAACUACUGCCUGAUGAUAAGAAACAAGACGAAUCUCUUUUGGAAGAUGUCUGGACUCUAUUAAGGGCAGGAAGACUAGAAGAGGCAUGUGACCUUUGCCGCUCUGCUGGACAGCCAUGGAGGGCUGCAACUCUAUCCCCCUUUGGAGGGUUGGAUCUAUUCCCAACAGUUGAAGCAUUUGUAAAAAAUGGGAGGAAUAGAACUCUGCAAGCUAUUGAACUUGAAAGUGGCAUUGGCCACCAGUGGCGACUUUGGAAAUGGGCUACCUACUGUGCAUCAGAGAGAAUUGCUGAAGAAGAUGGUGGAAAAUUUGAAACAGCAGUCUAUGCAGCCCAGUGUAGUAAUUUAAAGCGUAUUCUUCCUAUUUGUACUGAUUGGGAGUCAGCAUGUUGGGCUAUGGCCAAGUCAUGGCUUGAUGUUCAGGUGGAUUUAGAGUUAGCCCGCAGGCAACCAGGUGGAAUAGAUCAAUUUAGAAGUUAUGAAGAUGAUAUUGAUCGAAGUCCUGGACAUGCAGAAGGCGUUUCUUCACCUCUAGUAGCGGAAAGUUGGCCACUUCAAGUUCUGAGCCAGCAACCUCGGCACCUUUCUUCGCUUCUUCAGAAACUCCAUUCAAGUGACUCAGUACAUGAAGUUGUUACUCGAGGAUGCAAAGAACAGCACCGGCAAGUUGAAAUGAAUCUUAUGAUGGGGGAUAUACCCCAUCUGCUAGACCUUAUAUGGUCAUGGAUAUCACCUGUGGAAGAUGAGCAAAGCAUUUUCAGACCUCAUGGUGAUCCUCAAAUGAUUCGCUUUGGUGCACACUUGGUUCUUAUUCUGAGAUACUUACUUGGGGAUCAAAUGAACGAUACUUUUAGAGAGAAGAUCAUGAACGUUGGUGAUCUCAUUCUGCAUAUGUAUGCAAUGUUUCUAUUUUCAGAACAACAUGAAGGGUUGGUCGGCAUCUAUGCUUCUCAGCUUGCACAUCAUCGUUGCAUUGACCUCUUUGUGCAUAUGAUGGAAUUAAGGCUGAAUAGCAGUGUGCAUAUCAAAUAUAGAAUCUUCCUUUCUGCCAUCGAGUACCUGCCAUUCUCUACUGGAGAUGAUUCAAAAGGCAGUUUUGAAGAAAUCAUUGAGAGGGUUCUUUUGAGAUCUCGAGAAAUCAAACCUGGAAAAUAUGAUAAGUCAUCUGAUGUUGCUGAGCAGCACCAUCUGCAGAGUCUUCAAAAGGCUAUGGUUGUUCAGUGGCUCUGCUUUACACCUCCUUCCUCUAUUAAUGAUGCUGAUGCUGUUAGUACGAAACUUCUUCUACGAGCACUGUUGCAUAGCAACGUACUGUUCAGGGAGUUUGCUCUUAUUUCUAUGUGGAGGGUGCCGGCAAUGCCCAUAGGUGCUCACACAUUGCUUAGUUUUCUUGCUGAACCUUUGAAACAGAAAACAGAAAAUCUACUUUCUGCUGAUAAUGGUGAUGUUUCUGAGCACUUAAGAGAGUUUCAGGAUUGGAGUGAGUACUACUCCUGUGAUGCAACAUAUCGGAACUGGCUGAAAGUUGAGUUGCAGAACACUGAGAUUUCUGCCGUUGAGUUGUCAGUUGAGGAAAAGCAAAGAGCAAUUAGAGCUGCCGAAGAAACUCUACAUUCUUCAUUGACACUGCUUCUAAGAAAAGAAAAUUCGUGGUUGAUUCCCACUGAAGAUCAUGUUUAUGAGUCUGUAGAACCUUUAUUCCUUGAAAUGCGUGCCAGUGCAAUGCUUUGUCUGCCUUCUGGAGAAUGUUUGUGCCCAGAUCCCACCUUAUGUGCAACACUAAUGAGUGCUCUUUACUCAACAGUAAGCGAAGAGGUUGUUUUAGAACGUCAAUUGAUGGUGAGUGUGUCUAUCUCAGCAAGAGAUAACCAGUGCAUUGAGGUUGUUCUUCGCUGCUUGGCAAAGGAUGGUGAUGGGCUUGGAGCCCAUGAACUUAAUGAUGGUGGUAUUCUUGCUUCUGUGAUGGCAGCUGGGUUUAAAGGAGAGCUGGCUCGAUUCCAAGCUGGAGUAACCAUGGAGAUCUUACGACUAGAUGCUUGGUAUUCAAACGAAGAUGGUUCCCUGGAAGGCCCAGCUACAUAUAUAGUGCGAGGCCUUUGUCGCAGGUGUUGCAUUCCAGAAGUUAUUCUUAGAUGCAUGCAGGUUUCCAUUUCUCUCAUGGAGUCGGGCAAUCCACCUGAUUGCCAUGAUCAGUUGAUUGAACUUAUUGCUUCUCCUGAAACUGGGUUUCUCCAUUUGUUUAGCCAACAGCAAUUACAGGAAUUUUUACUGUCAGAGAGAGAAUACUCAAUACGCGAAAUGGAGUUUCAAGAGGGACUUGCUUCUUGAUUUCUAGAGUGUAAAUAUGAGCUACUGAUGCAUUGUUUAUGUAGGUGUGCUAUGCUGGUACAGAUCAUGGAAUGGAUUGAUUAAUUAAGUUCUAUCAUUUGGCACUCCAGGUUUUGUUCUAGCCAGGAUGGUUUCUGGGAGAGCCCACCCUUUCUUGUACAUUUUCUUCUUUGAUUCUUUCUUGACUGGUUAAAUUGAAACAAUUUCCUCAGUGUUCA